CCCCUCAUUUUUCUACUGCAGGCAUGCCAGAAUUUCUAUUCCAGCGCGCUAUAAACACCCCUCGUGCGAUACACAGUCAUGCUGCAUUCAGAAAAGCAGCAGCAGGACGAGGAGCUCUGUAGUCUGUAGCCAUGACUAAGCGCUGCUGCCUACGCUUGGGCACGCUCCUGGCGGCGCUGCUCUCGGCCACCGCCUGCCUCGACUUGGGCUUCUACGACAGGACGUGCCCCUCCGCCGAGACCAUCGUGCAGCAGACCGUCGCCGCCGCGUUCAGGAACGACUCCGGCGUCGCUCCGGCGAUCAUCCGCAUGCACUUCCACGACUGCUUCGUCAAAGGCUGCGAUGGCUCGGUCCUGAUCGACUCGACGCCCAACAACACGGCGGAGAAGGACGCCAUCGCCAACAAUCCCAGCCUCCGGUUCUUCGAGGUGGUCGACCGCGCCAAGGCGGCCCUGGAGGCGCGGUGCCCCGGCGUGGUCUCCUGCGCCGACAUCCUCGCCUUCGCGGCCCGGGACAGCGUCGUGCUCGCCGGCGGCGCCGGCUACCGGGUGCCGGCCGGGCGCCGCGACGGCAGGAGAUCCCUCGCCAACGAGACGGGCGACCUGCCGCCGCCGUUCUUCAACGCCACGGAGCUGGUGGACAGCUUCGCCAGGAAGAACCUCACCCUGGAGGACAUGGUCGUCCUCUCCGGCGCCCACUCCAUCGGCGUCUCCCACUGCAGCAGCUUCGCCGGCAUCCCCAACAACCCCGCCAACCGGCUCUACAACUUCAGCGGCUCAGCUGACGGUAUUGAUCCGCUGCUGAGCAAGGCCUACGCAUUUCUGCUCAAGAGCAUCUGCCCGCCCAGCAGCAACCAGACCUUCCCGACGACCACGCCGUUCAUGGACCUCAUCACGCCGACCAAGCUCGACAACAGGUACUACGUCGGCCUGCAGAACAACCUGGGCCUCUUCACGUCGGACGCGGCGCUGAUGACCAACGCGACGACGAAGGCGCUCGUCGACUCCUUCGUGCGCAGCGAGGCGAUGUGGAAGGCCAAGUUCGCCAGGUCCAUGCUCAAGAUGGGGCAGAUCGAGGUGCUGACCGGGGCGCAGGGCGAGAUCAGGCGCAACUGCAGGGUCAUCAACCCCGCUAGGACCGCCGGCUUUCAUCCUGUUGUCGCCGGAUCGUCAGGAUCUUCAUCAGGAUCCAUUGGAGUAGCUGCAAGCUAAUGGAAGAUGGGUGUGCAGUGUGCAAAGUGAUUGUCUUGUUUGGAUGUGAUGCUGCAGUAAGUAAUGAGCAGAUUAUAGCUAGAUAACUUGCUUGUUACAUGAUCAGGGAGAGCACGCGAUCUAGAAAACUCUGAAGAAAAGGGGAUGAGAAGUGAGCAGAGUCUGUUGUACGUUAACCGAUGUUCAUUUGUCUAUCUAUGGAGUUUGAUUGUGAGGAUGAAAUAAAUAUUUGAACAAUAUUGUUGUUUGUGGCAAA